AUGGAAGGCCCUUUUAGAGUACAGCCCAAGCGUCCAGUUGAUCGUAUUAUUGACUGUUUGUGUCAAGCACCCGCAAUCUACAAAGAUGCCGAGGCAUUUGAAAACUCCCCUCCUCUCAAACAACUUGAAUUCCACAUUGGCUGUAUCACCAAGUGCUGGAAAAUGGACUGUAUUCUUCAAGAAGUGUACGACGACCUUGAAAAGGAGUUUCCGUCACCAAUGUAUUGGUCUGUCCUUGCAACCGAGCCUAAUACUGCCGAUGACCCGAUGCGUGGAAAGGUUUUCCCUGUCGCAUAUCAUUUUCCCAGCCUCAUUGUCGCCCGUUCCCUCAUGUUGUACUGGUCGAGCAGGCUUUUGGUAUGGACCGGGUUUUUCUUUCUUUACAGCGGGAUAUUAAACAUUGAGAUUGAUGCAGCAGAUGCACGCUGCUCAAAUUACCCAGAUUGUGCAGCGUUUGAUGACGAUAUGUGCUAUUGUCGAUACCUCGUCGCGAAACCAACGGGCUGGUAUCAGUAUGACCGGUCUCGUUUGAAGCCACUAGAUGGUCGAAAAGACUUGCGCCUGCUGAUGUAUAAUGUAUGUCAGUCAGUAGAAUACUGUCUGAACAACGGUGUUCUCUUCGGCUCGUGGUCUGUCAGCACACCGUUGUCUUUUGUAUACGAGACAACCAAGAAUUUCCCUGGCUUUGAGCGAGAGCUUGCCUGGAUGGAAGCGACUCUACGAAAGCUGCAAGAAAAUGGACUACGAAUAAUCAAAUACAGCACAACCAUCAAUAACCCGAAGAACGCGAAACCGGAAGAAUUUCUUGAGGCUGAGAAUAAUGAUUCCAGUGGUGCAUCGCAAGUUGGAUCCGAAAGCGGCCUAGCGUAG